AAAAACAGUCGAACGUUUUACCAGUUGGCGACUCCGUCGUCUGGGGUUAGGAUUAGGGUUUACGCUCUCUUCUUGUUCAUUGUUUUCCCUCCACUUGGUUCCACUACUCGGCCAUGGACGUCGUCAAGAAGCGAAAGAUUGACGAAAACGGCGUCCUUCUCGCCGACUCCGAUCACUCAUUCUUGAAACUUUCACCGGAAGAUGCUCGCAAGAUCAUCGAACGGUUCACUCCGGAUCAGCUCAUCGACAUUCUCCAAGACGCGGUUUCCCGCCAUUCCGACGUGCUCGACGCUGUACGUUCUGUUGCUGAUCCUGAUGUUUCUCAGCGUAAGCUCUUUAUUCGCGGGCUUGGUUGGGAUACUUCAACCGAAGGCCUUCGAACGCUCUUCUCCGCUUAUGGUGAACUUGAAGAAGCCGUCGUUAUCUUAGAUAAAGCCACGGGGAAGUCCAAAGGAUAUGGAUUUGUUACGUUUAAGCAUGUUGAUGGUGCUCUAUUGGCUUUGAAAGAGCCGAGCAAAACGAUUGACGGGCGUGUCACUGUGACUCAACUGGCGGCCGCGGGUAAUACUGGGUCUAACUCGAAUGCUGCGGAUGUGUCGAUGAGGAAAAUUUACGUGGCAAAUGUUCCGAUUGAUAUGGCUGCUGAUAAAUUGCUUGCACACUUUGGUCUGUACGGGGAGAUUGAGGAAGGGCCUUUGGGGUUCGAUAAACAGACGGGGAAGUGUAGGGGUUAUGCAUUGUUUGUGUACAAGAAGCCGGAGGGUGCACAAGCAGCGUUGGUGGAUCCGAUCAAGACAAUAGAAGGGCGGCAGGUAAGCUGUAAAUUCGCCAACGAUGGAAAGAAGGGAAAACCUGGGGGUGCUGGGCCUGAUGGUGCUCAGGCCUCAGUAGGUAGUCAGGGUAGUGCGCAUGGAGAUGGGGUGGGUAUGCCUUCGCAGGCUCCGAUGCCUGGUUCGAUGGGUGGACACUAUGGGGGACCUGGCGGUAUUGGGUCGUACGGUGGGUUUACGGGAGGUCUCCAUGGUCCACCACAGCUUGGUCAUAAUCCGCUCAAUUCGUCGUUGGCUGGUCCAGGCUUGCCCUCUAUGAGUAACCAGGCACAAAAUUCUCUGAAUGGUACUGGCGGGUAUGGUGGUGGACUUGGCGGGCCUUACAGUGGUGGAUAUGGCGGUCCUGGACCAUCUAGCUUUUCUGGUUUGGGCGCUGGCACAGCUGGCGGAUUGGGUGGUGCUGCAGCUGGAACAGGAUCUGGUUUGUACCGGUUGCCCCCUAAUUCUGCUGGAAUGCCUUCAAAUGGUUAUUCAGAUAGUUUGCCAUAUAGUUUAUCGUCAUCUGGUUAUCCGAAUCAGCACCAACAGACAGGUACAUCACCAGCGCCUCGAGUACCGCCUGGGGGCAUGUACCCUAAUGUGCCACCUUUUUAUUGAGAUGCUUUAUGCGCUUCACCUGAUUGCGUAGAAUGCCGACUAUCACUCUGGUUUGGUGAAUGUAUUGGAUGUGCUUUUAUGACCUCUUUUAUAGAUGUAUUUAUAAGUACUUAUAGAAAGAAAUCAUGCAGUGGUGUUUUUGUACUUAACAACAAUUAAUAUGCUUUUGGUCUUUCCCCUCCAAAAUAGUCUAAUAAAUGAUCACUGAUUUCUGUUUUUCCCCAUUUUUCUUGUUGAGGACUAGGUCCCCAAGUUUUAUAUGGAUAGCCAUUUGCUGUGGUCUAUCUACUUAAAAUCUCUCUACAAAAUUUAAGAGUUGGGGAGUGCUUUAUGAUCUUAUGAUUUUGUAUGUCUGCUGGAUGUUGGAUGGAGGUUUGCCUUGUGCACUUCCAGUGGUUGAAUUAGUAUUUCAUGUUUCUUUGACAUCA